UACUUUGGUCAACUCAGGUUAUUUUUAAACUCACGAUAUAAAUACAUUUUCUAUGAUUUAAUUUGUCUGUGUGGACAGAUGUACUGAGAUCUAACUGUUGAUGUUGAUCCACAGAGUGGAGCAGCAGAACUCAGAGGUUCCCAGAGUUCAGUCUGUCCAGCAGCAUCACCUGGACUCCAUAUUCAUGCUGCUGGAGGACAACAUGGUGACUUUUGUGAAGAAAGAGCUGAAGAAGAUGCAGAAGGUUGCAAGUCCAGAUUACCCAGAAUGCUCAGAGAGUCAGAGGGAUGAUGAGGAGGAAUUGGAGGCUGAUGAUGAAGAUCAGAGGAGCAGCAGAGAGAUGUUUUUACAGAUCACAGUGUUGUUCCUGAGGAGGAUGAAGCAGGAGAAGCUGGCUGACCGUCUGCAGAGCAAACUUGCUGCUCCAGUUUGUAGACGUAAACUUAAAUGUGGCCUGAAGAAGAAGUUCCAGAGAGUGUUUGAGGGCAUCGCUAAAGCAGGACAGUCGACCCUCCUGAAUGAGAUCUACACAGAGCUGUACAUCACAGAGGGAGGGACUGCAGAGGUCAAUGAUGAACAUGAGGUCAGACAGAUUGAAGCAGCAUCCAGGAAAGCAGACAGAGCAGAAAGAAGCAUCAGACCAGAAGACAUCUUUGAAGGCUCACAUGGAAGAGAUAGACCAAUCAGAACAGUGAUGACACAGGGAGUGGCUGGCAUCGGGAAAACAGUGUUAACACAGAAGCUGACUCUAGACUGGGCUGAAGACAAAAGCAACCAGGACAUCCACUUCAUGUUUCCAUUGACUUUCAGAGAGCUGAAUGUGGUGAAAGAGAGAAAGUUCAGCUUGGUGGAACUUGUUCAUCACUUCUUCAGUGAAACCAAAGCAGCAGGAAUGUGCAGCUUUGAAGACUUCCAGGUUGUGCUGAUCUUUGACGGUCUGGAUGAGUGUCGCCUUCCUCUGGACUUCCACAACAAUGAGGUCCUGACUGAUGUUACAGAGUCCACCUCAGUGGAUGUGCUGCUGACAAACCUGAUCAGGGGGAAUCUGCUUCCCUCUGCUCGCCUCUGGAUAACCACACGACCUGCAGCAGCCAAUCAGAUCCCUCCUGACUGUGUGGACAUGGUGACAGAUGUCAGAGGGUUCACUGACCCACAGAAGGAGGAGUACUUCAGGAAGAGAUUCAGAGAUGAGGAGCAGGCCAGCAGCAUCAUCUCCCACAUGAAGACAUCACGAAGCCUCCACAUCAUGUGCCACAUCCCAGUGUUCUGCUGGAUCACUGCUACAGUUCUGGAGGAGCUGCUGAGAACCACAGAGGGAGGAGAUCUGCCCAGAACCCUGACUGAGAUGUACAUCCACCACCUGGUGGUUCAGACCAAAGUCAAGAAGGUCAAGUAUGAUGGAGGAGCUGAGACAGAUCCACACUGGAGUCCAGACAGCAAGAGGAUGAUUGAGUCUCUGGGAAAACUGGCUUUUGAGCAGCUGCAGAAAGGAAACCUGAUCUUCUAUGAGUCCGACCUGACAGAGUGUGGCAUCAAUAUGGAAGCAGCCUCAGUGUACUCAGGAGUGUUCACACAGAUCUUUAAAGAGGAGAGAGGACUGUUCCAGGACAAGGUGUUCUGCUUCGUCCAUCUGAGUGUUCAGGAGUUUCUGGCUGCAGUCUACAUGUUCCACUGUUACACCAACAGGAAGGAGAAGGUUCUGGAGGACUUCCUGGGAAAAGACUGGAAAAACAAGAACAGAGACACUCUGGAUGUGUUCCUGAAGAGAGUCAUGGAGAAAUCCCUCAGAAGUAAAAAUGGUCACCUGGACCUGUUUGUUCGCUUCCUUCAUGGCCUCUGUCUGGAGUCCAACCAGAGACUCUUAGGAGGUCUGCUGGGUCAGACAGAGAACCGUUCCAUGAUCCAAAGACUCUUAGGAGGUCUGCAGAGUCGGACAAAGAACCAUCCAGAAAUGAUCCAGAGAGUCAUCAAGAACCUGAAGAAGAUGAACAGUGACGAAAUGUCUCCAGACAGAAGCAUCAACAUCUUCCACUGUCUGAUGGAGAUGAAGGAUCUCUCAGUACAUCAUGAGAUCCAAGAGUUCCUUCAGUCAAAGAACAGAUCAGAGAAGGAACUCUCUGAGAUCCACUGCUCAGCUCUGGCCUACAUGCUGCAGAUGUCAGAGGAGGUUCUGAAUGAGUUGGACCUGAACAAGUACAGAACAUCAAAGGAGGGAAAACGGAGACUGAUUCCAGCUGUGAGGAACUGCAGA